UGAGUUUUGUUUUCGGGAUGAGUCCAUGAGUUAAAUUUUUUGUCUUUAAUCUUCAGUAAUAUUAAUAUUAUAAAUUCCAGAAUAAAGGAAAAUUUUAUUUUAUUUUCUAAAACAUCAGAUAACGCUUCAUUUAUAAACUUGGCAAUUACCUAAUGUUUUCUUCGCAGUUAGCCAUUUUUUGGUUAACGACUAUUAUUGGGGUUAUGUGUACUUUUUUGACUUGAUUAUUUUGUAUAAAAAUUAUGUUCUAAGAAUGAAGUUAAAGGUACGCUUACGGCAAUGGCAUAUACGAAUGACAAUUUUUCUGUUGCUGAUUUUAUAUCCUGACCCCAAAGAAAUAAAUGCCGAAAAAAUAUAUUCAAGUGACUUUGCCGAUGAUCCAUGUACAAGUGCUAAUUUUCAAUUUGUGCAACUUUCAUUCUCCAGUCAAACAAUAAAAAACGAAUACAUAGUUGCUUUCAAUGGCUAUUACAAACAGACAGCAAGGGAAAGAUUCGUUGCCGCUGCUCUUAACAACAGUAACAUUAGUAACUGGCAGAUCAUACAAAGGAACAAUGCGGCCAGUGACUAUCCAAGUGAUUUCGACGUUGUACAGUUGGAGGGUACAUCAGCCUCGGAUGGUGCCGCAUUGUUGCGUCGGCAUCCAGCGGUGCGCCGCGUGACACCACAGCGAGUGGUGCACCGACACCUCAACACCAUUCCAACACCUCCCCCUCACCCCGACGCCAACACCACUAACUCGUGGCCCAAGCAGCGUGCCAUUCCUGAUGACUUUUGGCAGUCAACUGGACAUCAUUCGAGCAGAAGAUUAUUAAGAGCUAUUCCAAAACAAAUCACAUCGGUAAUGCAGGCGGACGUUCUGUGGGGUAUGGGCAUAACAGGUGCGGGCAUCCGAGUGGCAGUGUUCGACACGGGGCUGGCCGCCUCACACCCGCACUUCCGUCACGUGGCCGAGCGCACCGACUGGACGGGUGAGCGGUCGAUGGAUGACGGCCUAGGCCACGGCACCUUUGUCGCCGGCGUCAUCGCCUCCAGUCAGGAGUGCCUCGGAUUCGCGCCCGACGCUCAUCUCCAUGUGUUCCGCGUGUUCACCAACAACCAGGUUUCGUAUACGUCUUGGUUUUUGGAUGCCUUCAACUAUGCCAUUAUGAAGAAGAUAAAUGUAUUGAAUUUGAGCAUUGGCGGACCGGACUUCAUGGACCACCCGUUUGUAGAUAAAGUGUGGGAAUUGACUGCAAAUCGAGUCAUUAUGGUUUCUGCUAUUGGUAACGACGGACCUCUCUAUGGAACUUUGAACAAUCCAGCCGAUCAAAUGGAUGUAAUUGGAGUUGGAGGAAUAAAUUUUGAAGAUCAAAUUGCGAAAUUCUCAUCUCGAGGCAUGACAACUUGGGAGCUUCCCCAGGGGUAUGGUCGUUUGAAGCCGGACAUAGUGUCGUAUGGUUCAGGCGUGCAUGGCAGCAGUGUGAAGGGAGGCUGCAAGAGUCUCUCGGGAACAAGUGUCGCCUCGCCGGUCGUCGCCGGAGCGGUCACCUUGCUAGCCAGCGGUGUAUUGCACCGAGGCGCUGUGAUCAACCCAGCCAGUAUGAAGCAGGCGCUGAUGGCGUCGGCCAGGCGUCUCCCCGGCGUCGGCAUGUUCGAACAGGGUCAUGGCAAGCUGGAUCUGCUCAAGGCCUACCACAUACUCAACAGCUACAAACCACAAGCCAGUUUCAGUCCAACCUACAUUGAUCUGAGUGAAUGUCAGUACAUGUGGCCGUACUGCACACAGCCUCUGUUCUACGGAGCGAUGCCAACCAUUGUCAACGUCACAAUUAUCAAUGGCUUGGGUGUGGCGGGAAGGAUUGUCGGCAAACCGACGUGGCAUCCCUACACACCACAGAAUGGACUGCAUCUUGAAGUGUCGCUCAGCUACUCGGAGGUGCUGUGGCCAUGGUCGGGCUGGUUGGGGGUGAGCCUGGGGGUGGCAGCGGGGGCUGCAGACUGGAGUGGCCUCGCACAGGGACACGUUGAGCUGACGGUCGAGUCACCAGCCGACUCCGACGCCCACUUCACCGCGCCGCUCCAGUCCACGAUUCAGUUGCCAGUCAAGGCGCCAAUCAUACCCACACCUCCCAGGCAGAAACGCAUUCUAUGGGAUCAGUACCACAAUCUGCGGUAUCCACCCGGAUAUUUUCCUCGUGACAAUCUUGGAAACAAGAACGAUCCUCUGGAUUGGAAUGGCGAUCACAUCCAUACUAACUUUAAGGACAUGUACCAGCAGAUACGCAGCCAGGGCUACUAUGUGGAGGUGCUGGGUGCGCCGCUGACCUGCUUCGACGCGGCUCACUACGGCACCCUACUACUCGUCGACCCCGAGGAGGAGUUCUUCCCCGAGGAGGUGGCCAAGCUCAAGCGAGACCUCGACCAAGGCCUCUCACUUGUCGUAUUCGCCGACUGGUACAACGUCACCGUCAUGAGGAAGGUCAAGUUCUAUGACGAGAACACCAGACAAUGGUGGAUGCCAGACACGGGAGGCGUGAACGUGCCGGCGUUGAACGAUCUGCUCUCUUCGUGGAACAUAGCCCUGGGUGACCGGGUCUUCAACGGCCAGUUCACACUGGAUGACAACACAGUCAAUUUUGCCUCUGGCACAUCCAUUGUAAGGUUCCCUGACAACGGUGUUGUUCUGGCGUUUCCAUUGCAAGACCAGGGCGCAGAACUGCUGGGCGUCAAGACGAAGAUAACUGAGAAGGUGCCCAUUCUAGGCCUGCUGCAGACGCAGAGCAAAGCCAAGGGUGGCCGCAUUGUUGUGUACGGUGACUCCAACUGCUUGGAUAAUAGUCACCUGCAAAAAGACUGUUUUUGGAUGCUGAGUGCCUUGCUGGAUUACACUUCGACCGGGCACCUGCCAUCUGUAUUUAGUGAUAAUAGGAUUACGUUUAAAAAUAAGAAUUCUGAUCUACCUCAGCGAAUGGAGGGAAAUCAUUUGUACAGGUAUUCGAAAGUGCUUGUUAAUAGAAUUGGAGCUCUGCAGACCCGUCCUCUUCCGCCCUGUCCCCACCUUGUAUGGAGUCUGCCGAUCCCACUCAAUAAAUCGGCACCCACGAAUCUGUACAAAUCGCAGAAACUGUUGUCGUUGAGUUUGGACGAUGAGACGGGCUUGGCAGGGGGUGCUCCGCCGCUGGUGUGGCCCGAACAGCGAGAGGGGUGGGUGGCGGGUGGAGGGGCAGCGGUGACUGGUGACCUUGAGCCACAACAGCUGAGCUGGCUGACCUUGGCGGUAACCUUGGCAAUGACCUUGGGCUGGUGGCCGCUAACCGGAGUCGCGUUGCUAGUGUUAGUGGCAGUGUUCGUCUGUCGCUGGCAGCGCGUCCCGGCGCCACCGCGCCGACGCAGGGCGGCUCGGCUAAGGCGUCUCGUCUCUGUCUUCAUGGCGCCUGUUAUAUGACCACCUUACUGGAGUGAGGAGCAUCUAUCAUCAACAUACGAGACUACCAGGAUAUUACUUUUGGAAUUCUUUUUCCAAAUUUGAAUAAGCCAUUCAGAACAGACGGUUUUGGUGUUGAAAUGUCUAGUCAAUUCAAUUAAUCCAAUAAUGAUCAAUUACUCCAUGCCAAUUGAGGUGGGAUUUAUUCUUAUCUUUCAAAAUUAUUGAUGCAAAAUUUUGAGUUGAUAGAAUAUUUUAAAGCCCUCAGCACAAAAAUGAACUGUAAUGUUACCGUCAGUAGAUCAGACUCAAGAGCAUAGAUUAAUAAGUGAGAAAAGCAACAAGGAAACCAUCAAUUGAACAAAGCAUGUUUUAUAUCAUACAAAAGAACAAUUUUCUUGUAGCAACUGUAAAGUUUGUCCAUUGUUUUACAUGUAGUGAUUAAUUCAUCGUUAAUGACUUAUCCAUCACGAUUGGGUAUGUAACAGUGAACUUGGUUCACGUAUUUAAUGUAGUACUAGCAAUACAUGUAAGUGAUACUCAAUGUAAAUUUUUAAAACUGCCUUGUAUCUUCCAACUAUUAUUGUUAUAUAAGUGAUCAAACUCAGUAAUUAAUGUGAAUAGACGAUUAAUAUUUAUGAUAGGGAACUGUAUAUAUUUGUAAUUAACUUUAGAUAAGUGAAUUGACAAUGAAUAACUUUGCAAUUGUUCGAUAAUAAUUCUUAUAGAAAAUUCAUUUUUAUGUACAUUACAGUGUAAAGCUCAACGAUUUGUUAUUUCCAAUUUCAAUGUUUUCAAAA